GGAUGGGGGCGCGAGCACGCUGAGCAGAAAGUGGAAAGGCUCUCAUUAGUGACUCGAGCUUUCGGACGCGCAGCUCCCCGGAGCGCUACUGCUCACAGCACUGGGGGGGAAAUGCCACGGAAAUUACAAUAAAUGGAGCUCUUUUGGCGGAGGAAAAGUCAGCAUUUGCUGAUUUUGUGUUGGGUUUUGACGCUCCCAGUUAUUUUCUGUUUCAGUGAGUUGUCUUUUGUUACCGAACCCAAUGACAAGACGGUAUUUGAGAACGAUCAUGUAGUGAUGGACUGCUUGGCCCAAGGAGAACCGCCCGUGGAUGUCCGGUGGCAGAAAAACGGGGCCAGGGUUCUAGAGAGCGAUGGUGUUCGUUUCUUGCCGAACGGAUCUCUGUAUCUGUCAUCUGUAAGCAGAGGAGUGGAACAAUCAGACGAAGGCUUUUAUCAGUGUCUUGCUCGCAACAAAUAUGGAGCCAUCCUAAGCCAAAGAGCUCACCUUACAAUCUCAAGUAUCUCAUCCUUUGUGACUCAACCCUCUCCUGUGGUAGUUAAUGAGGGUUCUGUAGCUAGGUUUGUCUGCAGUGUCAAUGCCAACCCACCUUCCAUAAUCACGUGGGAAGUCAACCAAAAAGUUCUGCCUCUGGAAACAGAGAGAAUCGCUGUGUUGCCAAAUGGAGUUUUGCAGAUCCAUGAGGUAAAACCAGAGGAUGUUGGGCUUUACCGCUGUGUCGCCUCCAAUGCUGCAAGUCAGCUAAAAAGCAGGGAGGCUCUUCUUACGGUCAAGCCAGUAUCUGGAGCCAGACCACUCAUGAAGCCCCAGAUCAUUGCAGGACCCCAGAACAUCACUGCCAGCCUGCACCAGACCGUUGUUCUUGAAUGUGUAGCAGAGGGCAACCCUCGCCCCUUGGUGUCUUGGAGCAGGGCAGACUCUAGGCCCAUAGAUGUGUUUGGGGUUAAAGUGAUGGGAAAUGGGAAUCUGGUCAUUUCGAAUGUAAAAGCCCAUCACAGUGGAGUUUACCUGUGUAGAGCAACAACACCACGCACACGUAACUACACCACUGCUGCUGCAAACCUUACAGUGCUGGUGCCUCCAUCGAUGGUAGAGAAGCCAGAGAGUCAGACUCGGCCUAGAGCAGGCACGGCUCGCUUUAGCUGUCAGGCGGAGGGAAUGCCAUCUCCUCGCAUCACGUGGCUGAAAAAUGCGGAAGCUAUUCACUCCAACGGCAGGAUUAAGAUGUACAACAGUAAAUUGGUGAUAACCCAGAUCAUUCCUGAGGACGAUGCCAUCUACCAGUGCCAGGCUGAGAACUCACAGGGCUCGGUUCUAUCCAUGGCAAGGCUGAUUGUGGUUAUGUCAGAGGAUCGACCCAGCGCUCCCCGAAACAUUCAUGCUGAAACCAUCUCCAGCUCUGCCAUCUUACUAGCUUGGGAGAGGCCUCAGUACAACGCAGAUAAAGUCAUUGCCUACUCGGUGCACUACAUGAAGGCAGAAGGUCUAAACAACGAAGAGUAUCAAGCAGUGAUUGGAAAUGACACAACUAGCCACAUUUUGGAUGAUCUGGAGCCGGCAUGUAACUACACGUUUUAUAUAGUGGCCUACAUGCCCUUGGGCGCCAGCCGUAUGUCUGAGCAAGUGACACAACACACACUGGAGGAUGUGCCUGUCCGCACCCCUGAGCUAAGCCUUACCAGCCGCAGCCCUACUGAUAUUCUGGUGUCCUGGCAGCCUCUUCCUGCCAAGCUAAGUCGAGGACGUGUCACUGCCUACCGCCUGUCCUUCCGUACUGCCGCCAAUGAACAGGUUAGCUCAGUAGAGCUGCCUGGAAAUGGUGAGAACUCCUCUCAGUACCUGUUUCAGGACCUGCAGCCUGACACCAUCUACCUGCUGCGUAUUGAGGUGUCCACCCGCGUGGGCUGGAGCCAGCCAUCGGCCUGGAGCUCUCACCGAACACCCAAAACCUCCAAAGCCACAGUACCCUCUGCCCCUAAUCUAGAGUUGGAGCCCUUUAACUGUACUUCAGUUUCUGUACGCUGGCAUCCUGCACCCAGUGAUGCUGUCAUCCAGGGUUACAAACUCUUCUGGCAUCCUGACGGCCAAUCAGAGAGCUCAACUAUCCAGCUCCGCCCUCAGGACUACCAGCAUACAAUUUCAGCACUUGAUCCAAGGAGAAAAUAUCACGUGAAGCUUCUAGCCUUCAGUGCUCAUGGUGAUGGCUAUCAAGCACAUCAGAUUGUCAGCACCACUGGCUGUCCUUCUGCUCCAAACAGGAGGUUGGCCACACUACCUGCUCCGGACCACGUCCAUGGUCAGACCAACAGCUCCUCGUCGGUCAGCCUCAGCUGGGGAAGACCUGCCUUCAGUUCUGGGAAACCAGUCAGCUUUUCUAUUCGCUAUGGCCCUGUUGCUCCGUACAACGCUUCAGCUGUUCGCUAUCUCCAAACGAAUGAACAAAGAGUAAUGGUGGAAGGACUGAAGUCUAAUACACGAUAUGAGUUUGCUGUACGUUUACACAUGGAUCACAUGUCCAGCCCCUGGAGCUCUCCUAUAUACCUGAGAACACUUCUGGAAGCCCCAUCGUCUCCUCCUCUGGGUGUGAGAGCAACUCUGAUAGAGGAAGGUACAGCAUUGGUGUCUUGGAGGGAGCCAGAACAGCCCAACCUGACCGUGAGCCACUACACCAUCCUCUAUGCCCCACAGAGAGCAUGGCUGGCAGGAGACUGGCAGGUCCUACAGAGAGAAGGAAGCAACACUAUGGCUCUGUUAGAGAAGCUGGAACCUGGUAAUGUUUACCUGGUGAAGAUCUCAGCCUCAAACCAAGCAGGUGAUGGCCCUUUCUCCGUCACUGUGGAUCUUCCUGUGCUGAGGGGGAAAACUCACCCAGGCAAAAACCCUCGCCAUACCUACAGCCAGACUAAAGCUAUAGGUGGUCUCUACCAUUUAGAUGAGAAAUCUAUGACUGGCAUUAUGAUUGGUGUGUGUAUCGCACUGGCCUGCAUCAUUACCUGUAUCUUCAUCCUCAUCUCUAAAAGCAGAACAAGAAAUUCCUCCACCUCAAAGAUGAAUGGACAAAUGAGUGCUGAGAUUAUUCAUAACGGUGUACCACAAGGCAAUCACCUGCAGCUAGAGAACGUGGAGGUUUUGGUACCGAUGAUGGGAAAUCACUAUGUUGACACCAAGGUCAGAGGAAUGGGUGGAUCAGCUUUGAUGAUAAAUCGCGACGGACCCGUCGUCAGCAGCAGUCAGGACUGUCAGACCAGGAAGUGGAACAUUUUCAGACGUGCAGAAAAACACCCUCCAAAGCAUAUCCAGGCAGUGGAGCGAGGGUGUUUUUACGAGGUGGGGAAGGUGGUGUUGCAGUACGAGCAGGAGAACGCCGGUACAUCUCUCCAGCCCUCCUCCUUACAGGUCUUCUAUCAACCGUUCGGCAAGUCCGAGAGCUCUCAGACCAGCGAGAGCAGCGGAGAAACGGGAGAUUCUGGAAAUUUCUCUCAGGACGAGGCCGAACUGAACAGCUCUACCAUCCGUGAAGAGAAAAGGAAAAACGGCUCAGAAAAUGUCGGCGACGAAUCAAACGUUGUUGUGAAAAUCAGUCCAGACGUUUCAUCGUGAAUUGAUUUCGCUUUUCCUUCCCUCACUGAAUCCCAGCUGCCUUUCUCAAGCACAGUACACAGCCAGUGAUGAAACGGUGAAACAGCUUUGCACAUUCUCUCUAUCUCAGGUUACGCUGCUCAUCAGGAGUUCUUUAUGUGCCAAAGACCUUUACGUGCCAAGGAGUUGUCCUCGAUCUUGCGACAAAAACGUGUUCCAAUAGUUUGAACUAAAACAAGCUCACUAACCUGUGCUGCACCGUCAGCUCAAAGGCACAAGCACAGUCUCACAUCUUACUGAUGCCUUUCUCUGAUCUGUUUAUGAAGCCUCCAGACGACUUCAGAGCAGUGGAUCCUUCUCUGGGAUCUGAUUAUUUCUAACAAAUGUACUUCCUACUAUCUUUGUCUUCUUCUGUUUGAUCAGAAGAAGACAUACCUCACCAAAUGAUGAAUGUUUUUAGGCUAUAGAAUGUUUUCAUUGUUUGUAAAUCCUCUUUGCUCUCUAUCUACCUCAGUUUUAGCUCUUCUACUUACUGAGCUGCAGUGUUCGGUCUUAUUUAUUGACAUUUUUGUUCUAUGAAACAGGUUAAGGUACCUCAGGCUUUACGUCAUGUUAUCUGGAGCUGCUUCAGGGCCGAUUCGCAGCAACGUCCUCGCGGGCGGACUGCCACGGGAGCCGUAAUACUUCACUCCAGCUCUAUUUGAUUUUUCUUAGCGGUAUUCUAUAUUGCUUACUUUUUUCAGUACUACCUCCUCAACAGCUAUUGCGUUGCGUGAAUUAUUAGGGAAAAUAAUUUGCCAUGUUGACGAAGUGUUGGAGUUUUAUUAACGGAUCAUAACUGUGGUCCCUAUUUGUUUUGUGGUUCUUUAUUUAAGAUUUGAAAGCUUUAAUAUUUUGUUGGGAUUUCUCUGCGAUGUCGUGAUCGGUUUGGGAAAUAGUUUGAAUCUGUAUCUUUUCCGUGGCAGGUUUUAAGUUCAAGUAUGCUUUGGUAGUACUUAUUUCUUUAUUUCUUGUCUCUUGAGUUCUUGGUGAUAAGUAAGAAAUAACCAAAAAAAAAUUAGAUGCACAUACGUUUUUUUGUGUAUCAAACUUUGAAAGCUUUAAAACCCAAUGGUCUUAUGGUGCAAGGCCAUUUUGCAAUAUAUGAAUAUAUAUAAGAUCCAAAGAAUGAAUGAAUGAAUGAGUGAUUGCAGGAAAGUUGUAAAAUGAUGCCAAAAAAUACUGUUACUGCCAAAGAUAUAUAACUAUAUUUCUGUACAAUGUUAAGUGCCACAAAGAAUACAAUGUCAUUGUCUUGAACUCAUUUGCCUAGCCAAAGAUUUAGCUUUAGCGUUUAUCUAUUAGAUAAGCGCCAUUCUUUCCUUUAUGACCUUACUUUUGUAGAUUGUAGAUGACCAGCAGUGGUGACAGAUGCUAUUAUCCAAAGAGUUGUUUACUUCUUUUAACUGGGUUGGACACAAACAGGCCGAAUAACACUGUGAUUCCAUGUCUUCCUCGUGUCUAAUGACCUAAGACUGUGUGAUUUUUGAAAUUUUAAUACGGUACCAAUCAAAUGUUUAAACAUAUCUCUACUCAUGAGGAGAAGCUUUGCACUGUUCACUAUACAGCAGCUUCAUGAGGAGACACCUGAGAAGCUUUCCCAGCGCUCAGACAUCUCCCAUUCCAGCAUGUGUUGCCUGCUUCAUUUGUAAAUGGAUGCUACAAAAUAACCAUACAGCUUGAGAUAAACAGGCUGAGAUGUUGGGGUGUCCAAACGUUUGACCGGUCCUGUCUGUAUGGAGCGUGUUGAAUUCAGGAUAUGCAGCAUCUCGCUUAUAUUUGUUAACAUUUGACUUCGUAGGCUGGUACGAUGUUUAAUCAAACUGUUUGGUGACAACCCUUUUGAGUGAGGUGCAACAAAAUCACUUUUCUACAUUUCUAUAGACAAAUAAUCUAUACCAAAGAGUGUUAUGGUCACCCUAGUAUACUGAAUAGUGUUAAAUAUAUUCAUAAAAAUGCGUCUUGUUUUGACUACUGCACCAUUUCCAUUAAAAAGUCCAUUUCAGAUACAACUUGGUAUGUUUAGCAUGGUAUGUUUAAAAUUGGAAAUCUCUCUGAAUGUGAUUAUAAUGCUGAACGGAUUCAUUCAACAGGAAACACAAAGGGGUGGUUGACUGUCUUCUCUUUAUUUGGAUUAGUAUUUUAUCUGUUAUUUGUGUUGGCCAGUCCUGACAAACCUACAGAUCGACAAGGACAGACUGCCGGCCAUUCGUUCAAUAACUAUAUAUUUUCUUUUCAUGUGUUAUCUAUAAAUUGGUCAAAAACGCAUGUCAGUUUGUUCUUCAUUUGUUAGAGAUGAACAGUUGUGGUUCAAUAAUGUCGCCGGUUUUAAAUGCAGUGUUUAGAAGCCUUUCUUUGUUUUUGUGUUUGCUUUCCCCAAAGUGUUACCAGCACUCAUGAACAAACAAUACUGAAGUGAUAUGCUGCUUAACCAUUUUUAUACAUGUCAAAGGUGGUCAGAACAAUACA